AUGCUGCGCAAAUUCGUCCCCGAUGUCGAUCUUUCAGACCCCGAUCUCGACCCAGCUGUUAAGCAGGAGUUCCGAAAUCGAGAACUUGCGCGUGCUCAAGCAGCCAAACUCAAGCAGGUACAAUCUGGAUUUGAUGCAGAUGUUGAAGAUGGGCAGAUUAUGUCCAUGAUCGAGUCGAUUGGCCAACUUGACCUAGAUGAUGCAGGGGGUUGGGAUUUCCACGGCGCGAGCUCCGGUGCCGUCUUCCUUCGCAGGAUGAAGGAGCACUUUCGGGGCAUGCUGGGUCCUACCGAAAAGGUCCCGUUCCUUCCUCGCCCGGAACGGCCUCCGGGACUCAUGCAUAUCGAAUCUCCACAAUCCGGCGCCAGCUCGCCCUUCGAUUCCACCAGCUCUCUCUCGUUGGAACUCCCAUCCAAGGAUGAGAUUAAAGAUUUGUCUUACUAUUCACUAAACUGCGCAACUUGCCUAAUUCGAAUCGUCCAUAUACCCUCUUUUUACGAACAACUUGACGCCGUUUAUGACAAGACUUACGACACUCUCACUCGCGACGAAUACCAUUUCCUAGGCCUCGUCUACGCGGUCAUGGCCCUCGGCUGCAUGUAUAGAAAUCUCGAUCCCGAAAAGCCCCAGAAAGCGGCGUAUCGGGAAGCCUUGCAGGAAGGGCUACGCUAUUAUAAUUGUGCGAAAACAGUCCUAAGGGACUUGGCAGAGUGCAGGGACCUUACUUCACUUCAAGCAUUGAUCUUCAUGAUUCUGUUCCUCCAAGCUACUUCGAACCUCAGCGCUUGCUACGCCUUCCUUGGGAUUGCUUUAAGAUCGUCGUUGCGGAUGGGCCUCCAUCGUCACCUAGAGCAUCGCUUAAUAUCCCCUAUCGAGCAAGAAGUGCGGAGACGGGUGUUCUAUGUUGUGCGGCAAAUGGACAUUUAUGUUUCUACCCUCCUAGGUUUUCCUUUGCUUCUACGGAACGAGGAUAUUGAUCAGAAAUAUCCCAGCGAGUUGGAUGACGAAUACAUCCUCGCAGACGGCCUUCAUCCUCCACCUGGCGAUAGCCCGUCACUAUUCCAGGCGUUUAACGCACAUACGAGGCUGAUGGAGAUUCUCGCGAAGAUCGUUAGGCAUGUCUAUCCGACACAAGGAUUCAACCAAGGGCAACCUUCGAUGGGUAAAGGGAGGGACCCUCUCAAUACGACUUACAUCAUCAGCUACGCCAGGAUUAGGGAAAUCGAGAAGGAUCUCCACGAGUGGUACGAAAAACUCCCGGAAAUCUGGCGGCCGAGUCCCGAGGGUCACGUUGAGGUAGUCCGAAUUCGGCACCUCCUAAGGUUCGCCUAUGCCCACGUCCAGCUUGUGUUGUACCGUCCAUUCCUCCACUAUGUCUCGCCUAGGCUCAGCCGGGGCAAGAACAUAGACGAGCUUUCGUACGCCUGCGCAGCGGCGGCCAUUAGCGUCUCGCGGAAUAUUGUGCAUAUAGGCAUUGAAAUCAGAAAACAAGGUGUCCUCAUCGGUCCGUACUGGUUCAUGCUUUACACAGAAUUCUUCGCCGUCUUAUCACUCGUCUUCUACGCGACCGAGAACCCUCAGAAGAAUGGCACGGCGGAAGUGUUAGGGGAUGCGAUUGCUGGGAGAAACAUGAUCGCAGAUCUUGUCGAUGGCAGCCUCGCCGCAGCGCGGGUAACUAAGGCACUUGAUGUUCUUUUUGAGGAGCUGCCAAAGAAGAUGGAUCUCCCAUUCCCGCGCCAGGCAAUGUCGAAGAAGCGUCCCAUGACAGCAAAGGAUGACUCGGCUGGGCCAUCAACUCUGCACCGACGACCCGAAGAGCUACCGCCGCAACAACCUAACUCCUUACCUAGAACUUCCAUUUCUCAGUCAUCAACAUCGAGGGGGUCAUUUGACAGUGCAUCACUACCCGCUGGGGGCUUCCAUCCAGACGCAUUCCCGGCCAAUCUCCAGGACCUCCUGCCGCUCGAUAUGGCCUCACGCACGACACCCGAUACCACAAGUAACGGACCCGCCGGAAUACCUCAGGGGUCCGGUUACGUGGGCGGCCAGAGCGCGAGUUCGGCUUCGCUCAACAAACUCGACGCCCUCAUGUUCCCUUCGGAGGAUCCGUUCGACUACCCGAACCAGCCGAUGAUGGAACUUGGUCUACAGCAGAAACUGGGACAAGAACACUCGAUGCAAAACCAAGGCCAAGGAUCCCAUGACUCGUCGCAGUUUUUCGUUCCGGGACCCUUUGACGAUGUAGAGUCGCAGCUUCUUGGUCAAAUGCCGCCCUUUAUGAUCGACCAAGCGCAACAGGGUAUGGAUUUGCCCAUUCCCAUGUUCACUAAUGAUUUGACAUCCCACGGCCACGCUGCGUCACCCAACCCGGGCCAGGCACAGGCGGCGCAGGCAAGCCAGCAGAGUAGAGUGGAGCAGCUGCGGCGUCAACAGCAACAGAUCCUCGCAGCCCAGCGGUUCCGCACUGAUUGGGCGGCGUACGGCAGGGGUACGGGAAGUUUCCACUGA